AUGGACAGUCUGAAACCAGCUUGUGGCAGUGCGGUUCUGUCCGACCCUCCCAACCCUCCCAACCCCGAUUCCCCGAUUCUCCCUAUUCAUACACACCUUGUAGCGAUGAAUGAAGUUCUCAACCAGACCGCCGCCUGGUGGUUCUCCGCCACCUCCCACAUCGUCCCCUCCGCCCUGCUGACCCUGCCCGACCCCAACGUGGCGGUCAUGAAGAAGUGCCGGGUCUUCCCAGUGGAGUUCGUUUGUCGUGGCUUCAUGACGGGCUCUACUGACACCAGUCUGUGGACCCACUACAAGGCGGGCGCCCGCCAGUACUGCGGCAACAGCUUCCCCGAUGGCAUGAGGAAGAACGACCGGCUGGUCGCCAACGUCAUCACCCCCACCACCAAGGCCGAGGAUCACGAUGUGCCCAUCAGUCCGAAGGAGAUUGUGGAGCAGGGGCUCAUGACGCAGGAGGAGUGGGACACCGUGAGUGCUGCUGCUCUCCGCAUCUUCCAGUUCGGCCAGGAGGAGGCGGCUCGGAGGGGGCUGCUGCUGGUGGAUACCAAGUACGAGUUUGGAAAAGACGCGGACGGCACCAUCCGCAUCAUUGACGAGGUGCACACCCCGGACUCCUCCCGCUACUGGCUGGCGGACACGUAUGCGGCCCGACAUGCGGCGGGGCUGGAGCCGGAGAACAUCGAUAAGGAGUUCUUGCGCCUGUGGUUCCGACAGAGGUGUGAUCCGUACAAGGAUGCCGUACUUCCCGAAGCGCCUGCCGAGCUUGUGUGCGAGCUGAGCAAGCGUUACGUGUACCUGUACGAACGGAUUACGGGGCAGCCCUUCCAAGUGCCUGAUUUGGCAACCCCCGUCAACGAGCGCAUCGUUGCCAACCUGCGCAAGGCGGGGUUGUGCUGA